AUGGAUCAAGAAGUGCCGACCACCACAACGUCCGCCAAGCUAAACCAAUUCUUGGAAGAGACCCAGAUUCCCCUGGAGAUGUCAGCGCGCUCGCUUUCGCCCGAAAUCUCCGCCCAGAGCUCGCCCAUAUUCACGGGAAAAGCCCAUUCUGCGUCUACUCCAAAAGUAAACAUCGCCGAUUCCAGCGCAGGACGCCAGGUCAGCGAUGAGGACACCGCCAACUCAACGGGCCAAACCGCUGCCCACAACAAAUCGUAUAAAAGCAGGCUCCAGUACGUUCCGAGCACCAGUUUCGUGGGAGAAAUGACCAGUUUCAAUGGUGCAUCUGCGCCAAACACUUUCAAGCACAAAUCGCAUCCCAACGCCAAGACAAAGAGCCACAUCAUGCUCUCCUCGGUCGAGGAAAAACUGUCAACGGCGAUGGAGGGCGAAUCGGAGAAGGGUCUGCUAUCUCGAGGUGCAUUCUUGACAGAUCUCUCGCACAAUCAGACCUCAGAACAUAAUGACGUUAAAGAUAUUUUGCCCACAUUUCUCGACGAGUCAUGGAAGGAGUCGUCUUUCAACAGUAAGGAUAAAUUGCAGAACGAUCACUUGGGACCUUUGGCGUUCCUUGCAUCGGGCGCUGAUACUUUGGUGCACAAGAAGUCUCUUGACGAGCCGGUUCCUACUGCGGAUUGGAAAAAGGCACAGAAGGAGUCUGAGCGAGGUCGUGUUGGCCGUCCUUUAGAACAUAUAUUCACUUCCGAUCCCGAUGCGAAUCCCAGAUCGGGGGCUUCUCGUCCCGCAUAUGAGUUGUCUUCUAGCAUCAGCGAUUCCAGCUCCGAGUUCUUGAGCCGAAACUCCAAUCAGUUUCAAAAGCCACUUGACAGUAUUGGAAAUUUACCACCACAAACAGUGAAUGUUUCUGACUCCCAGAGGGCCCAGGCAAAGUCUCCUCUCAAACUCUACGGGAAUGCCUAUAAUACCUUCACGAAAGGCUUUCUACAUGGUGUUGUUCUGGCCAGUGGCCAGAAACUCGCAGAUUUAGGUCAGUCUCGCGGUGAGUCCUCGAAUACAGCAUUGCAAGCACAUGGAGAAGAGCUAGCUGAAGCUGAUGAUCUAUAUCAGAAGAUGCGUCAAAACGGUGUUGUCAAGAAGCAAGCUCUGGAUCAGUUCAAGAGAACGGGCCUGGUCUCAAACCACUCGAAACCUAUAGCCGACCGUAGCGAAGGUGAUUUUCUCGAAGAUGCCAAUGAUUUAUUUCAGAACAUACGUACGAGAGGACCUGGCUUUGUGCCAAAGCCAUCCCGGCAAUUUCAUGAUACCAUACCUAAUGAGACAGCUAUUCUGUCAGAGACCGAAGAUGUGUCAACUGCUCAACCCAAUGAUAAAUAUGUGAACAACAAUGUCAAAAAAGCCGGGAGAGGCAAACAAUAUGAGUUUGCUUCAACUGACAGCUCUGCUUUAGAGUUCGAUACCAUUACGCCAAACUCUAUUGUUCCAGGACAGGAGGCAAUAUCGAUUGAUAGAUCAUUUGAAGCGCAUUCGGUAGAUUCAGAUCAUGCGUUUACUGAAAUAUCAUCAAAUACUUCGUCUAGAGUGAACGAGCAAACCCAAGAGACUCAAGAACUCCAUGAUGCUAGCUAUUCAAGAUCUGAUUCUGGAGAGCAUAGUCAAUUCCUGAGCUACGAAAUUCCCAUUCCGUCGCAUUACAAGUCGCCUGUCACACCAAAUAUAAGAUACAAAGAUCCCAAGAACUUGCGCCUUUCGCUGAACCUGUUUUCCAAUUCAAGCCCUCGAAGCCGUGCUGUUUUGAAGGGUACGGUGAAACCAGGAGAUUAUCCAGAGCGAUACGGCGCUAUGAACCUAGACAGAAAAAGCAACAAGUGGGACUAUGAUGACAAAGAAAAUCAAUCACAGGAAAGUCUUGACGGUCUUGAAGGUCUUCAAAGUUUGAAAGUACCAAUGCAUGGAGCUAGCAUUCUCAAACCUAUAAACGGAAAGCCUAAGAAAUCUCAUAGAAGAGCUGAGGUUUCCUUCGUCUCAAGUGGUAGCAAUGACAAUACUUUUGAGGAUGAUUCUGAUGAGUCUUCCGCCACCUACGAUAUCACACGGGUUUCUGAUAUCAAUGAUUUAUCAUUUUCUCGAACAGACAGAAACCUCGUUGGCGUCAUAACUGGGGCAACCUCGAACACUGAUUGGGAAAAUCUCACUCAAAUCGAUCUUUCUGGGCAAGAGCUUGAACAGGUUUCUAGGCUCGCGUCUUAUUUGCCAUCUCUCCGGAGAUUGUCUUUGGCCAGAAAUCAUAUCCGUCACCUCGAGGGGCUUUCCAAAUCGUUAUAUGAACUUGACGUGUCGGAUAAUGAAUUGAGUGAGCUAGCAUCCUUCAAAAAUUUCCGAGACUUGCAGUAUCUUACAGCACGAUCCAAUCAUCUCGAGAGCCUCUCAUGUUUGCUGCAUAAUUUUAAUUUGACCAAGUUAGACUUGAUUGGCAACUCUAUAGGAAGUCUCAAAGGAAUUGGGUUAUUGAGUAACCUUGUGAGUUUGAACUUGAAACAGAACUCUCUCAAAGGCACUAUUGACUUUUCAGUGUAUGAUUUGCCAAAGUUGCAAGAACUUAAUUUGGAGGCCAAUCAGAUAAGCACAAUACAAGGGCUUGAGCAUUGUCCCGAACUACGAAUAAUCAAUUUAGCCAAAAACAAUAUCGAGAAUUUUUCCUCUGAGGGUCAACUAUUGAAAACAAAGAAACUUAUUCUCUCAUUCAACAAGCUUGCAAGACUCGAUUUGACACCUUUCCCAAAUCUAAGGGUUCUUCGAAUAGACGGCAACUCAUUACAAGAGGUACGAGGAAUGACCAAGAUGCAUUACUUGCAAGAAGUCUCUGCGAAGUUCCAGAAGCAGUUGUCAGUUACUCAGUCAAUCUUAGAAAAUGCUACUGAUAUCGUGAAGCUUGAUUUGUCAGGUAAUCGUCAAUUUGCACAAGGCUUUUUCCGUCCAGAUCAAAAGCAAAUCUAUCCUAACGUAAAUGAUUUGAGUUUGGGAGCUUUAAAUCUAACUAAGGUGCCAAAAGAAUUGCCUCGCAUAUUUCCUAACUUGCGCAUAUUGAGACUCGAGUUUAAUAGAAUUCAAGACACGCUGAGUCUUACGGAUUUCAAGAACUUAAGAAAAGUGUACCUCCUCAAUAAUGGAAUCAGCAAGAUCAAACCGCUUUUGAGUAGUCUUCGUAACUCGAAGCAUAGCUUGAACGUUAUUGACUUGAAACUCAAUCCGUUGACCAUGGAAUGCUAUCCGGAUGUCAUCUCCUCCAAUUCUUCGAAACAAAUGCAAGAUAUUUUUGGGACUCUUUCGAGUGAGCAUUUAUUGGUUAAUGAUCUAGAAGACUACGUGGACGCGUCCCGAUUGAUUGAACAAAGCAAAAGCGAAUGGCAAGCGAAGGAUGAGGAUUUCUCCCGCUUUUUAAAAUCAAGCAAUCAGCUCGAGAGGUACAAUGCGAAGGUAAAGUACGAAGCCUUAUUGAUCCAGUAUUUCCCCAAUCUUCAGGAGUUAGAUGGCAUUCCUAUCACCGAACUGAAAUGCCGGGCAGCUCGAAAAGUAGCACAAGAAGUCACCAGAAAUCUACUGUCGAAUUAA